AUGCACGCCUGCACACUCUUCCUCUGCCCUGCUGACCCCUCAUAUACUGUCCUGCAGAGCCCAGAUGUGCUCCUCACAGUCCCUACUGUCUCUGCUCAAACAGUUUGGUGCAGUGGAGUUAUUUCAUGUGGAUUUAUAGAAAGCCUAUAUUUAAGGCCAGUAUGAUGACAAAUACACACACACACACACACACACACACACACACACACACACACACACACAAAACACAUAUGUGGAAUUGUUAAACUCCACUCCUGAGUGAAGCUGCUGGAAGUGUGUGAGCUGUGCUCUCUGCUCUCUGAAUUUGACAGGAAUAACUGUGGUCAGGUCUGCAGGCACCCAACAGCUGCCCCACAAACCUUAUCACGGACUGCCUUCUCACUCACACACACACACACACACACCUACACACGGUAAUGGAUGCAUGCACACACACAAGGAAGCACACACACUGAGGCCCAAUAAUAGCCUAAUAUGCUGGUGUCCAGUCAGAGAGGAGAAGGUUGCUUUUGAGAGUGUAGGCCUGGGGGUGAUUGAGACCAGGCAGCACGGCUGUCCGUCUGUCACCUACUCGCUACACAGAACACACAAGCCAUGAGCAUUACCAUAAAGAGACACGGGAUGUGUUAGAGACAAGGACAAAUCUGAUGAAAUCAGUUUUUUAGAAAGUAAACUGUAUGCCAGUUUAUGAUGGUGUAUGACAUUGUCAGCAAAUACUCAAUUCAUAGCUGAACUCUGUAAACUCUUAAGCGUUCUAUGAUGUUAACCAUGUGGAUUGUUUCUGUGUGUUUCCAGGUGAGCCGUGUUCCAGUGGAGAGCUGUGAGCAGUACUCCUCCUGCAGCACCUGCCUGAGUUCAGGAGAUCCCCAUUGUGGCUGGUGUGUCCUCCACAAUGUGUAAGUACAUUAUAACCACACAGAGCUUCUCUGACGCUGCAUACCUGACAUUACUAUGUUCUCAACUCCAUAGUAUCAAGUCACCACACCUUAAGAACCAGAACUCUCUCUCUGUCAGGUGUUCGAGGAAGGAUCGUUGUGAGAGGGCUGAUGAGCCUCAGCGUUUUGCCUCCCGAGUAGAGCAGUGUGUCAAACUCAGUGUCCAGCCUGGAAACAUCUCUGUCACCAUGUCCGAAGUGCAGGUACGUCACCUGACAAUAAAUCAUAUGUGUGUGUGUGUGUGACAGAGCGCAAGUGUUUCGGUGAGUGUGUGCCCAUGUGUUUCUCUGUGUAUGUGUGUGUGUGUGUUCUCACAUUGACUUGUCCCUCACACUCUCCUCUCUCUCUGUAUUCCUAGCUGGUGCUGCAGGCUCAGAAUGUGCCUAACCUUUCGGCAGGGGUCAACUGCUCCUUUGAGGACUACACUGAGACAGAGGGACGCAUCUUUGGGGGCCGCAUCUACUGCCUGUCCCCCUCCACACGAGAGGUCGCCCCCAUCACACGCAACCAGGGUGAGACAUUUAGCCACUGCAUCCUCAUGCUGCUAUUUGCUGGUAAUAUAACGCAGUUACACUGUGUGUGAACAACAUUGUAUUAUUUUAUUAUUUGUCUGUGUGUAGAUUGUGUUAUACUGACAUACUGAGACUCUUUCUUGGGGACAAACGUACUGUGAAUCUGUUAGGGCUGGGCAGUGUACAUUCUUAGAAAAAAAGGUUCUGGAUAGAACCAAAAAGGGUUCUAUGCUUGCUUCAUAUAUGGCACCUCUAAAGGUUCUAUAUAGAACCCUUUUGUAGAGUUCUUUGAUCAGAACCCCAGGAGUUCUUCUUCACUGAACCACAACUGGUUCCAUAUAGAACCCUUGGGCUCCAUAUAGGGUUCUAUAUGGAACCAAUUUCAGUUCUAUAUAGAACCUUUAGGCAUGCCAUAUAUGAAGCAAGCAUAGAACCCUUUUUGGUCCUAUCCAUCUGCAUGGCCAGAUGGAUGCAGACAUGGUGACAUGCUUGCAAGUGUUCUAUAAUUACACUAUUACUUUGUGUAUCUUACUGUCUGCCAACUACUGGCUGCUAGUUUGUCUUUUCUUAACAAGUUGUUGCUAAAAUAAAUUGUGUUAGCCGCUAAUACUAAUCGGUAGUUACCUGGCUAGCUAGCAAACGUAGCUAGCUAAUACAGCCUGGUACCAGUGAGGGUGUAGGCUAAGAUAAGCAUGUUGUUUGUGCAAUGUUAUCUUCUAAAUCAGAGAGGAAUAGGUGAAGCAUGAAUAUGUUAGCUAGCUAGCUAGCAACACUGCAUGACCAAAACAUAUAAUUCCAAUAUCAUGGGCAUUAAUAUGGAGUUAGUCCCCCCUUUGCUGCUAUAACAGCCUCCACUCUUCUGGGAAGGCUUUCCACUAGAUGUUGGAACAUUGCUGCGGGGACUUUCUUCCAUUCAGCUACAAGAGCUUUAGUGAGGUCGGGCACUAAUGUUGGGUGAUUAGGCCUGGCUCGCAGUCGGCGUUCCAAUGAAUCCCAAAGGUGUUAGAUUUGAGUUGAGGUCAGGCCUCUGUGCAGGCCAGUCAAGUUCUUCCACACCGAUCUCGACAAACCAUUUCUGUAUGGACCUCGCUUUGUGCACGGGGGCAUUGUCAUGUUGAAACAGGAAAGGGCUUUCCCCAAACUGUUGCCAGUUGGAAGCACAGAAUCGUCUAGAAUGUCAUUGUAAGCGUUAAGAUUUCCCUUCACUGGAACUAAGGGGCCUAGCCCGAACCAUGAAAAACAGCCCCAUACCAUUAUUCUUCCUUCACCAAACUUUGCAGUUGGCAAUAUGCAUUCAGGCAGGUAGAGUUCUCCUGGAAUCCGCCAAACCCAUAUUCGUCCGUCAGACUGCCAGAUGGUGAAGCGUGAUUCAUCACUCCAGAGAACGCGUUUCCACUGCUCCAAUGGCGGCGAGCUUUACACCACUCCAGCCGAAGCUUGGCAUUGCACAUGGUGAUCUUAGGCUUGUGUUCAGCUGCUCGGCCAUGGAAACCCAUUUCAUGAAGCUCCCGACGAACCGUUCUUGUGCUGACGUUGCUUCCAGAGGCAAUUUGGGACUCGGUAGUGAGAGUUGCAACUGAGGACAGACGAUUUUACGCGUUGCGUGCUUCAGAACUCGCCGGUCCCAUUCUGUGAGCUUGUGUUGCCUACCACUUCACGGCUGAGCCGUUGUUUCUCCUAGACGUUUCCAUUUCACAAUAAUGGCACUUACAGUUGACAGGGGCAGCUCCAGCAGGGCGGAAAUGUUACGAAUUGACUUGUUGGAAGGGUGGCAUCCUAUGACGGUGCCACGUUGAAAGUCACUGAGCUCUUCAGUACGACCAUUCUACUGCCAAUUUUUGUCUAUGGAGAUUGCACUAAUUUGAAGGGGUGUUCACAUACUUUUGUAUAUAUAGUGUACAAGAGGUAAGAAAACAUGCAAUGUAACAUCUAAUUAGGGUCACCUGGAAACACUGACCAACACUUUGGUUCCUACCCUGUCAAAAAUUCCUCCCUGGCUUAGGUAUUUGUUGUCAUGUCAAACCACAAUGUAUUCAAGGUGCUGCCCACUAUAUUCCAUCUAUAGAAUUAGAAUAAUGUGGAAAUUAUAAUAAAAGUACAGGAAAUGCAGGAAUUGAUGAAAAUGCCGAAAAUGAUUUUUGUUUGACGUUAGAUUGAACAGUAUGAAACAAUCAGAAUGGAGAAAGCCCCAUUGAAAUCACUUAUAAUGUAUGUGUUGCCACCGUAGGGUCAUGAACUACUCAUAAAGCAUAUUUAGAACUUUUAUAAAUCAAAAACAUAAAAUACCAUCAAAUAUGGUCAUACCGUCAACAAUGUGAAAAAUAUUGUGAAAGAUAUUUUGGCCAUAUCCCCCAGCCCUAGAAGCUGUAUAUGACUGUAAAUCUUUCUAGGGGACAAGCGUACUGUGAAGCUGUAUCUGAAGUCUAAGGAGACAGGGAAGAAGUUUGCCAGUGUGGACUUUGUCUUCUACAACUGCAGUGUGCACCAAUCGUAAGUUCUGUUUUACGUCAUUCUGUGUGUGUGUGUGUGUGUGUGUGUGUGUGAGAGAGAGAGAAAGAGAGAUAGAGAAAGAGGAGCGAGAAAUAGAGAACGAGAGAGAGAGAAAGACACCCUCUCCUCUCUGCUCUGCAGUGCUUGUUACUGCUGAUGAGACCAGACCCUUAAUGUCAUUUUCUUAAUAACUUGGUGCUCCUCUGAUGUCAUUGAUCAUGUUUUACUACACUGAGUUAUGUUCCUUUAGCCCCUGUAUCUACAGUGCCUUGCAAAAGUAUUCAUCCCCCUUGGCAUUUUUCCUAUUUUGUUGCACUACAACCUGUAAUUUAAAUUGAUUUUUAUUUGGAUUUCAUGUAAUGGACAUACACAAAAUAGUCCAAAUUGGUGAAGUGAAAUGAAAAAAAUAACAAAAAAUUCACCCCCUUUGCUAUGAAGCCCCUAAAUAAGAUAUGGUGCAACCAAUUACCUUCAGAAGUCACAUAAUUAGUUAAAUAAAGUCCACCUGUGUGCACAUGUGUCUCAGUAUAUAUACCUACAAAGGCCUACAAACCUGACUCAGUUACACCACAGAGGGAACACUUAUACACAGACUAAUUAGGGGAUGAGCACCAGGUGUGUGUGAUUGACAAGACAAGACAAGUGGAGUGAUGAGAAUGGGAGCAGCAGUAGCUAGUAAGCGGGUGACUUGAACGCCGAAACCUGCCCGAACAAGGAGGGGAGGCAGCCUCGGCGGAAGUCGUGACAACCUGUGUGCAAUCUAAGUGUCACAUGAUCUGUCACAUGAUCUCAGUAUAUAUACACCUGUUCUGAAAGGCUCCAGUGUCUGCAACACCACUAAGCAAGGGGCACCACCAAGCAAGCGGCACCAUGAAGACCAAGGAGCUCUCCAAACAGGUCAGGGACAAAGUUGUGGAGAAGUACAGAUCAGGGUUGGGUUAUAAAAAAAUAUCAGAAAUAUUGAACAUCCCACGGAACAGCAUUAAAUCCAUUAUAAAAAAAUGGAAAGAAUAUGGCACCACAACAAACCUGCCAAGAGAGGGCCGCCCACCAAAACUCACGGACCAGGCAAGGAGGGCAUUAAUCAGAGAGGCAACAAAGAGACCAAAGAUAACCCUGAAGCGGAGAUUGGAGUAUCUGUCCAUAGGACCACUUUAAGCCGUACACUCCACAGAGCUGGGUUUUACGGAAGAGUGGCCAGAAAAAAAGCCAUUGCUUAAAGAAAAAAAUAAGCAAACACAUUUGGUGUUUGCCAAAAGGCAUGUGGGAGACUCCCCAAACAUAUGGAAGUAGGUACUCUGGUCAGAUGAGACUAAAAUUGAGCUUUUUGGCCAUCAAGGAAAAUGCUAUGUCUGGCGCAAACGCAACACCUCUCAUCACACCGAGAACACCAUCCCCACAGUGAAGCAUGAUGGUGGCAGCAUCAUGCUGUGGGGAUGUUUUUCAUCGGCAGGGACUGGGAAACUGGUCAGAAUUGAAGGAAUGAUGGAUGGCGCUAAAUACAGGGAAAUUCUUGAGGGAAACCUGUUUCAGUCUUCCAGAGAUUUGAGGCUGGGACGGUUCACCUUCCAGCAGGACAAUGACCCUAAGCAUACUGCUAAAGCAACACUCGAGUGGUUUAAGGGGAAACAUUUAAAUGUCUUGGAAUGGCCUAGUCAAAGCCCAGACCUCAAUCCAAUUGAGAAUCUGUGGUAUGACUUAAAGAUUGCUGUACACCAGCGGAACCCAUACAACUUGAAGGAGCUGGAGCAGUCUUGCCUUGAAGAAUGGGCAAAAAUCCCAGUGGCUAGAUGUGCCAAGCUUAUAGAGACAUACCCUAAGAGGGGGUGAAUACUUUCACAAGCCACUGUAUCCCACCAUCCCUUGCUCUGCCUUUCACUAAACAUAUAGAUAUGGUCCAAAGACCCCCAUCUCCCCUCUCACCCUUAUCAUUUCCCACUCCAUUAUUAUAUAUUUAAUCUCUCCCUCUUCCUCUCUAGCCAUCCUUCCCCAUUCUCUCGCUUUCUCUCUCAUCCUCUUUCCCCUAUAUCUCUUCUCCAUCUCCUCCCCUCUAACUCUCCCCUACCCCCCUUCAUUCUCUCCAUCUCCUCCCUGAACUCUCCCCUACCCCCCUCAUCUCUCCAUCCCUCCUAACUCUCCCUACCCCUCAUCUCUCCAUCUCCCCCCUCUACCUCCCCUACCCUGACAUUCUCUCCAUCGUCCUCCCUUAACUCUCCCUACCCUGACAUUCUCCCAUCUCCUCCCCUCUAACCUCCCCUACCCCUUCAUUCUCUCCAUCUCCUCCCCUCUAACUCCCCCUACCCCUUCAUUCUCUCCAUCUUCCCCUUACCUCCUCUACCUCCCCCCCCUGCAUUCUCUCCAUCCCUCCCCUCUAACUCUCCCCUACCCCCCUCAUUCUCUCCAUCUCCUCCCCUCUAACUCUCCCCUACCCUGACAUUCUCUCCAUCUCCUCCCCUCUAACUCUCCCCUACCCCUUCAUUCUCUCCAUCUCCUCCCCUCUAACUCUCCCCUACCCCCCUUCAUUCUCUCCAUCUCCUCCCCUCUAACUCUCCUCAUCCUCCUAUCACCCCCCUCAUUCUCUCCAUCUCCUCCCCUCUAACUCUCCCUUACCCCCUUCAUUCUCUCCAUCUCCUCCCCUCUAACUCUCCCCUACCCUGACAUGCUACCCAUCUCCUCCCCUCUAACUCUCCCCUACCCUGACAUGCUACCCAUCUCCUCCCCUCUAACUCUCCCCUACCCUGACAUGCUACCCAUCUCCUCCCCUCUAACUCUCCCCUACCCUGACAUGCUACCCAUCUCUUCCUUUCAUGCUCUCCUUUUCUCUCUUCUUUCCUGUUGGUCCUUUCUCCUUCUGGUCCAGAUGUUCCUCUCUGCUCUUAUUUAUCAAACAUAUUUUUUUCCUCGCCCCUGCUCUGUGAGCUCCAUACAUUAGCAUAGCAAUAUUCUGCUAAUUAGCUGCCCUGGCGCCCCAUUAGAGCUGGACAUAAUGGAGAGCGUAUGUAAAGUGUUCACCUGGACCUCUUAUCAAGGCUUGUAUCAUCGUCUUUGAACGUAGAGGAUUUGUGAUUAUAUAUGGACCUAUGUAUGUGUGGGUGUGCGCUGUCUACCACGUGUGUGUGUGUGUGUGUAUGUGUGUCUGUGUGUGUGUGUGUGUGUGUGUGUGCGUGUGUAUGUGCAUGAGGGCUGGUUAAGCACUCCCACCAUGCCUCUCUCAUUGAAUAAGCAGGCAUAGUGAGGUCUUUGAUGUGCUGUAUGCAACACACUCCAUCAGGACAUUACAGUACACUACAGUCUAGUUUUAACAGCCCAGCCUUGUCAGCCACACAGAACCCACGUGACCCCCUGACCCCCUGACCUACUCCCCUCCUGACCUCUGACCCUGACCCCAGCGUGUGUAGGCUGCCAGUGGGCCGGGUGUGCCAACGGGGCUGCUGGGCAAUAAAGAGCUUUCCUCAGAGGUGACGGGCAUGGUGGGCGGGGGGGGGGCACUUUACUUGGCAAGGCAAAUUUUCCCGCCAGCUAUUUACAUACACAGUAACAAUAUUAGAGUUUUGCAUUAAAAAGACUGCCGGAAUAGUUUAAUUGAGCGUGUGAGGGACCGAAUGUAUUUUUAAUGAGAGGAGCGCGGAGGAAAAGAGGGAGAGGGGGGUGAAAACAAGUGAAGGAGAGAUGGAUUGUGCCCAUUGUGUUGGGAAUAAUGUGUCCACAGAGCUAAAAGGUUAGCGCCUCAGCCAAACCACAAUGCCUAUUAGAAUAUAAAAAGAAUGAUGAAAUGCAUGUAGGAUUCAGAGCCCUUGAAAAGGCUCACUCAUGGAAGACAGAGAGCCCUGAGACAGGCUCUCGUAGACAGGGUGGGUGUUCACCGCAUCUCCCUGCUACCAGUGUUGGGGAAGCUUCUCUGAAAAUAUAGUUUACCAAGCUACCAGUUGCUUCACAGUAAGAAAUUAAGCUACACUAAACCUACCCUUUUGUAAAAUACAGUCUAAUUAUAAUAAUAUGCCAUUUAGCAGACGCUUUUAUCCAAAGCGACUUACAGUCAUGCGUGCAUACAUUUUUUUUGUGUAUGGGUGGUCCCGGGGAUCAAACCCACUACCUUGGCGUUACAAGCACCGUGCUCUACCAGCUGAGCUACAGAGGACCACUGAAGUUCUUUUGAAAAAGUAAUUCACUACAUCCAAACUGUAAAUCUGAAAUAUCAUAGACUACAAAUUGCAAGAACAGAUCACUUUGGGGUCAUAUGUUAACAGAAUGUGUAAUUUAGCCUAUUAAACACAAGAAUUAGGCUGGUCUGAUGCUGAAAAAGAAAGGAAAUGAUUGCCUACUUCCCUCAUAAUAUACUUUUACAUUUUUUAAAGUAGUGUGUAGUUCCAGUAGUUAGCUACACCACUAUAUGGCAAAAAGGUAAUGAACUACUGAAAACACUACCAAGAUUUGAAUUUAGUUCAACUACUACCAAGCUACUGCAAAAUGUAGUUAAAUUACUAGUUGAACUACAUGUAGUUCACUACUCCCCAAUACUGCCAGCUACUGGCCUGGUGCUGCUUGACCACCUGGAGACACUUCACUGUUGUAACAGGACAAGAACAUUGGGCUACAACAUUCUGAUAACAUUCUAUCAAUCUAAAGAAUGGUUUAGAUGGGAGGAAGAGGUAUUAUUUUGUGGUAUCCACUCUCACUUCAAUGAUCCCAAUUGUCUUUUCAAUCUAACAUUCACUUUGUUCUGAACAUACAGUAUCUAUCUAUCACAGAUCAUACUAUAGGUGUUAGGAUAAGAACAAAUAGAGAACAGAUAAAUAGUGAUAGACCUGAUAGAUGUUCUGAGUUGUUAGAUUGGAGGUAGAGGUGGGAAGAUGAGUUUGUUAUUGCCCAGGUUCAGGUGUGAUAUUUCCAGACAGCAGAGGGUGAGUGAUAGGCCAGGCAUGGUGCCACUCCACCUGGCGGGACUGAGUACCUCUCCUCUACCUCUUCUCUCAUCUACCUCUACCUUUCCUGCUGAACCAGGCAGAACAAAGGAAACAGCCUCUGAGUGUUUAUUCACCCAGCUCCUGAAUAGGCACUAUAGCAACAAUAAAGCAUGUUUGUAAUUUAAGCAGAAACAAGGAAAGCUUUAAUUAAAUAGGAUCAUUAUAUCAAUGUAUCUGUCUGUUUACUGAUACCGAUAUGAAGUAUAUUUUUUACAAUGGAAACAGUGGGUACUGUAUGCAUACUUAAAUACAUCUAUUCUAUAUUUGAUUAAGUAUCAAUGUAUGGUCUUGGGUGGUCUGAUUAGCAGACAAGAAACAUUUACUAGUUUGCAGUAGCAGCCCCAGAGCACUGCAGAGGCUUUGAUUUCCUGCUGUAGCACAUGCACAUCUCCCAGUGUGGCGCUAAGAAUCAGCAGGGUUCAAAGGGCAUUGCCCCCCUUCUCUGUCUGCAUCUAGCUGGGAUCGAUAGACCCAGAUGUCUGGAGACUAGAAGGUAAUACCCCUCAGAAGCAAACAAAUAGCAGGCUGUUAGCGUAGCACAAAUCCACCCUCGCUGUCGCUCUCUCUCUCUCUCUCUCUCUCUCUCUCUCUCUUCCUCCCCAUAGUAACACACAUACAGGAAUCGGUUAUAGACUUUAUCCCGUAGAGCUAGGAUGCUAGUGGGUCCUGCUCAUUAUAGUAGUGUGGAGCUCUGCUACACAUGCCUCAUUCUGUCACUGGAAUAUGGGAGUAGGAGGCAAGUUAAAGGGCUUUGUAUAACUCAUAAAGAUUUUUGAGAAAUCAAUGUGUUUAUGUGGGGCGAAGCGGAGUGGAGUCAAACUAAUGCAUGUAUUUUAUUUUAUCCGCUAUUUUACUCUCCUGUAGCUAUACCAACCUUGUUGAGGCUGCUGGUAAUCCAUGUUCAUUUACGCUUUCUGAACUAAGGAAAAAGGAGUUUGGAGAAAAACAGGCUUAUCUGGGCCUUGCAGCUUAUUUGAAUGUAAGCCUUUGAACAUGUUGAAUAGGAAGGAGGAGUAUAUCGCUCGAGCCAUUUUCCUCUCUAUGUUUAUUUUACUGUCCGUUGGAGACAUGGCAACUGGAAGAGUAAAACUUUGCUCUGUUCUGCUGUGUUCUGCUCUGUUCUGUUCUGCUCUGUUCAAAGUCCAAUAAUCCCAAAAAAAUUUUGACACACUGACACAUUCUUCCUGAAGUAAGAUAAUUACUCUACUGAAGUGACUUUAAAAGUUUGAGGUAGAUGACCUUUAAGUACAGGGCAAAAAUGGAGUUGAAUCAGGUUUUCACCUUGGUCUACCCUAGUGUUUAGGAUGGAGGAUGGAACAGCCAGCCUCAGAAGCAGGGUUGAUUCUGGACAUCUAUUCUAGAGGCUGAUUGAUCAAUUAACUGAUUUAAAUGUUUCAUUAAGCAUCUACUCGUGUCCUGGAGGGCUGUGUUGUAUUCUAGUGUUGCUUCUAAAUGAUUGUUAAAUUACUUAAUUGGACAAAUCACCAGCAGAAUUGAUCCUGAUGAGUUUGUAUACCAGUGUUAAGAGGCUACCCUGAAGUGUUUUUUUGUAGUGAUUCGAAAGAGACUGAUCAUUCUUACAAUUUUUUGUGAGAGUGAAAUUAAUAUAAUUCAAAUCAUGUUGUGUUUCACGUACAGCCAAUCAAUAUCUUUUAUUGCGGUAGCUCUUAGUUUUAACCAAACCAAUGCACCGUGUGUGUUCAGUGUGUGUGUAUUUGUGACCAGUGGAAACCUAUGUCUUUUAUUUAAAUCCCUCUAGACCAUGGUGUCACACAUAUGAUCAGGAGAGUGAUGGAUUAAGUGAUUAAUUAAUUUGGUGGGUGCUUAUAUUAGUCCUAUUUCACUAGUGUGUAUUAUUCACUAGUGCCAUUAUCAACAGCAACCCUGGAGCAAUUAGUCUUAAAUGCCUUGCUCAAGGGCACAUAGACAGCUGUUCCACCUUGUCGGCUUGGGGUUUCGAACUAGCAAACUUUCAGUCAUUGGCCCAACGCUCUAACCGCCAGGCUAUAUGCCACUCUGAUUAAUGACCUAGCUAUAAGGCCACCCUCCUUUCUCCUCUCAGUCCUCUUUUAAUCUCACCAAUGUUCUACCUGUUUUCCCCCUGCCUUUGGGUCUGUCUUUCUGUCCCCAUCUUCUUUACUCUCUGUCUCUCAGUAGCUGUUGAUAGGAUGAAUAGUUGACAGUCACUCAUCUUGAUCAGCCUUUUAUCUCUACCUCUUUCAUUUCCACCUACCUCUCAUUCAACCUGCCUCUUCAACAUGGAGAUAGAUAUUAAUAUUGGUCAGAAAAUUAAGAUGUGAGACUGAGAUGAGGUUGUUAGGCAAGGACAGCCAUUUAAACAGUCGAUAAAUGUGUUUGUGUUCUGUUGAAUUGUUUUAGAUUCUCUGCAGUGACUCAUUCUAUCUCUCUGUCUCUCCGUUUGCAGGUGUCUGUCAUGUGUCAAUGGCUCAUUCCCCUGCCACUGGUGUAAAUACCGCCACAUGUGCACUCAGAACGCCAACGACUGUUCCUUCCAGGAGGGCCGUGUCAAUGUGUCAGAGGUGAGAGAUCCCCACUGUCCCAAAAUACUGCACACUGUCUCCCUGUGUAACAACCAUCUCUUCAGUAACACAUUAAAUUGAUGACGCCAGUCAGUGUCAUACCCACUCACACACUGUGAAACCUGUCAUACAGAAAUACAGGCACGCACAUGCAGGCACGCACACACACACUCCUCCUCCUGUUGAUGAGAGUGAUGCACGUGCUGGUUGAUAUCCAGUAGUCCCCAGCUGGGCUCUUGGUAUUGUCGUGCCACCAUGCCUGGGCCUCAGAUGCUAUGAGUGGUAAAGCAGCAGCUGUUUAAAUAAAACCAGCCCUGGAUUUAUGCACUUAUAAACAGGCCAGGGUGAAUGACUAUGCAAAUUGUAUUGUGUUCUACAUUUCCAAAUGUUACAUUUGCAUGAAAGCCAAUAUCAAUCUCAUCCGCUGCUCUGCUGUCUCUCUCUCUGUACCGUAUUACCACCACCAAACCCAAUCUCUCUCUCUCUCUCUCUCUCUCUCUCACUCUCUCUCUCUCUUCUCUCUCCUUCUAUCUCUCUCCCUCUCUCUCUCUCUCUCUUUCUCCUACUCUCUCCCUCUCUCUCUCUCUCUCUUUCGGCCCAACCGUGGAAUGCCAAGUGCACGCUCUGUGGUGCUGUACAAGAGUGAACUGUUUACUGGCAGAACACAGCCCUCCAUCACACACACACACACACACACACACACACAAACACACACACACACACACACACACACACACACACACAUACACAUACACACACACACACACACACACACACACACACACACACUGUACGAAAUGUACAAUAAAAUCACAAACUCAGUCAACUGUAACAAACAAACAAAUUCCUUCAAACCUUAAUCUCCAAACCCACUGAUCCCUGUGACAAUCACCUACUUAAAAGUGUAAAUUCACAUUUACAGCCAUGUCGAGUGACCUCGGGGGACGUGAAACCCUGAGCUAUCUGUUCAGACGCUGUGUUCUGCUGUUCAGUGCUGCGAGCGUCUCUGAAUGUGCCUGAUGUAUACAUGUGUUUGUCUUGGCUGUGAGCAGAGUAGGUUCCUUAUCUCUUCCAUGGCAGAACACCUUUCCCAUGCGUCUGGGUUACAUUGCGGUUUAUUUAUGAUAUUAAUUGGCCAUGAGGUAUCCUACCUCAAUCCAAUUACGGACCGCAGCUUUUAUCUCUGCAGCGUAGCUGCAGGCGUCGCCGCUCACAGCACUACAGAUGCUCUCUCUCUCUCUCUUUCUCUCUGUCUCUUUCUCUCUCUCUCUCUCUCUCUUUCUCUCUCUCUUUCUCUCUCUCCCACUCUCUCUCCCACUCUCUUUCUCUUUCUCUCUCUCUCUCACUCUCUUUCUCUCUCUCUCUCUCUCUCUCUCUCUCUCUCUCUCUCUCUCUCUCUCUCUCUCUCUCUCUCUCUCUCUCUCUCUCUCUCUCUCUCUCUCUCUCUCUCUCUCUCUCACUCUCUCACUCUCUCACUCUCUUACCUCUAAAAGGAAAUUACAUGGAUUAACAUUCUGUUCUGUUUCUGUAAAACCAAUGCUCUCUCUCCCUGCAAAGCUGCGUCUAUAAACGUGGCUAAGUGUCUAGUCUCAGGAAAGACAAUUUGGCAUGCAUUCAUACAGGGUGGUGGAGGGGCCGGGCUGUGGGGGGCUGUAUUUUUGGGAAAAGGUGUGUGAAGAAAGGGCAGAGAAUAGAGAAAAUAGGGGAGAGGUGAGAGGCGACACAUACAAUGAGGUUUCGUGGUGUCAUAGUGAUGGUCAAAAUGGUGGACUAAAUGCCAUCAGUCAGACAGCCUGUUCUUCCCCCUGAGCUGAGCUGUAAUCCAACCAAACCACUCACAUACACUAUACUCCCAGCACUGAUAUUUUCUCAUUUUGGUGCAUAGGUUACCAUGGUAACAUGAAUAGUCCGUAUCAAUAGGCUUGUUACACACAGAUGCCAUUAUUUUAUGUUGCACAAUGCCAAGGCCACCAUUUAUCCUUUCUUUUGAUGGACUCUUUGUGCACCAUAGUCGAUAAUACAAUUGAACCCAAAAUGUAUAUAAAACAACGGGUUUCAAUGGAGUAGGCAUUUUGGAUGGGAAGGAAAAUGACGCAACAUUUGAAAUAAUGUGUAAAUAAGUCAUAGAGAUUUAUUGUGUUAUCACUCUUUCGCCAAGUCACACUCAACUUUUACAGUAUCUGUAUGCCCAUUGAUAUGCCAAAAUACAUUUCUCAUAGUUGUGUGUCCACCAGCAUCGUAACUAAGUCCCCCAAUGUAAUGAGUAACAUUAGCAAAUCAAAUGUAUAUCAAUCAACAUCUGCCUGACAGCCGAUAAACAAAGGAGCACAUUAAAUCCGACCAGGCAGAAAAUUGCUAGAGUAAGCCACACUUGAGAAACCCAUCAGGAUAAAUGAAUAAACAAACAAACAUUGAAACAAACAAAUUUGUUCCGCUGUGCAGGGUUGUCAUGGACAGUGGUUGUGGGUAGGGUCUGUUGGUCUGGUAGAAGUAGCGGCUGUCUGUCUGUUUGCAGCCAGUCUCCAACAAUGUGAUGGACUCGUUACAGAACUGGGCUUAGUCAAAGAAUCAAAUCCCUGAUAGAAGGGCUAUACCCAAAACAUGAUCAAACAAUGAGUCCUUAUGGAGUUCCCUACAUGCAGUAACUAUACACUGAGUGUACAAAACAUUAGGAACACCAUCCUAAUAUUGAGUUGUACCCGCCUUGCCAAUUCACCUUCUGAAUGGCACACAUACACAAUCCAUGUCUCAAUUGUCUCAAGACUUAAAAAUCCUUCUUUAACCUGUCUCCUCCCCUUCAUCUACACUGAUUGAAGUGGAUUUAACAAGUGACAUCAAUAAGGGAUCAUAGCUUUCACCUGGUCAGUCUAUGUCAUGGAAAGAGCAGGUGUUCCUAAUGUUUUGUACACUCAGUGUAAAUUAUGUCACCCACUGGGGGAAUAAAACACUUCUGCUACUUUUCCUUGUCCAAUUCAUAACCAUUAGAGCAGCUUUGGCUGUACAGAUGUAAACAUGGAGAUGGAGAUUAGUCUUUAUUAGCUGAUUAUUACAAGAAGCAUCAAAACACCAGAGGGAGGUAAUGUGUAUCUCUGUUCUCCUCCUGUCACCCACAUUUACUGCUCUGGAGGGUGAAACAUAGGCCUAGUGUACUUCCUUAGAUUAAGAUAUUACACACUAGGCUUGCUUUGGUUAACACCAGUUAAUACCGGUUGUCAUAGAUUUAAAUAAAAUCGAUUAUGUAUUUGUGGCUAUAUGUCUGAUGAAGUAUGUAUUCAUGGUAAAACCUGGAAAGUAAAAGCUACUCCUCACUCGGAUCCUCUUCUAGUCCUAAUUUCUGUAUUCAUGCAUUUAGACAGGCAUCCUCAGUGCCACCUCUCUCUCCUCCCCGUCUGCCAAGCAUAAUUCCUUCCUUCCCUCGAAUUUACAGUCUGUCUCAUGUGGCUGUCAGGUGUUUUUUUUCCUCCGCCCUCUCUCGUCUCUCUGGUGUUGUGAAAGCAUUUCUCCUGUGAGUACACACAUGCAUGCACACAAACACACACACACACACACACACACACACACACACAAAUACAUACACACUAGAGGACGUGCGCCCAACAGCAUCUUGGUAAGAUGCAGUAGCGCUACAGUAAACAGACUGUAAACAAGCAAGGGAGGAGAAGACCUGCCAAAGAGCACAAGCUCCAACUCUCAGCCCUGCUCAACUUUGGCUUUCUCCAUCCCCAGUGUCACUACUCAGAACAGACCAGCCAACUCCACCACUACUGCAGCCAGCCUUACAGAAUGGGACAAACAUCUGAGGCUGUACCAUUAACACUAGAAAUGCUGGGCCUGGAGGGACCCUACUUCAAGCCAAUGACGCGUCUUUUGGAGGUCAACAUUCUAACAGUCUAAUAAAUAAAUGUCAUAUGCUAUUGGAAAAAUAAUCAUUUGGUUGUGUUUAUGAAGGUGAACAUGAAGAAAAAAAUAUAAUACAACAUAAUAACAUUUUCAUUAGUUUAUGUUACUGUAGGCUAUAUGUAAAAACAAAAAACACAAAAAACACCACAAUUAAAGUGUUAAAUCGAUCACAAAGAAAUCCUUUAUAAUUUUGUUUUGGCAGGUCUUAAGAAACAGUAUGGAAAUAAGAAAAUGUCUUUCAAAAGACAGAAUAGCACAUUUUAUUUUGUUACCAGUCUUUGCUUAGUAGCCUGAGCUAAAUGAUAUGCUUCCACUUGCUCACAUGCAUGGAACAGCGGUUAUUCUUAGAAAAAGCCAUAUUUUGAAAUAGAGCUCACCUCUUCAAUUUUGAGAGUUAUUUGGCAAAGGUAAGUGUUUUAGAAACUGCUCUUUCUGAUAUUAUACAGAAAUCAUGUGCAUGUGACUCUGUUGGAGGAUUUGAAUAAGUGACUUUUUGGCACUCCGUUUUCCUGCCUCAAGCUGCACCGAUCUCUUCAUAUAAAAUCGGACAAUUGAUAAUAUUGUCACCCAUCAGACUAUUGUGAAUUUAAUCUUGUCUUUAGGCUAAUUCUAUUAAUAUACGUAUGUGUUAAAUUAGUUUCGAUAUAGUUUAGGUGUAGUUUCGAUGGGACAUCAUCAGCUGGGCAGGCUGACUGGUGGUGAAGUACUGAUGGUGAAGUACUGGUGGUGAAGUACUGGUGGUGAAUGAAAAAUGACAUGACCUCUUAAAACUGCUUAUAACACAAAUUCUGUUCGCGAUAUUUAAAUUAUUUCAACAUACGUGUGUUACAGAUGUAGGAUCUUCAUUUGAGCCAGUUUGCUACAGCAGAAAAAUAAUCCUGCAGCAACAGGAAAUGUGAAUUAUCAUGUGGAUUAUAAUGGUUCUAUAUCUGGUUCUCCCUGGCGCUGCCUCCCGCUCAUGGAUCCAAGCCUGCCACUGAUCUGCACCUGCUUUAAUUAUUCAAAGUGUAUUCAAUCUUCAUUUCCAGAUGCCUCAACGUCUGUCCUCCUAAUGGAUGCUGAGGAUGAAUUUUACAUAGAGGAGUUGAGAUCCUGGUGAAGGCUUCUUCAUGUGGGGUUUGGUCCAAUGACACCAUCUGGGCCAGCUCCACUUCCUUUAUUUUCUCUUGAAUAAUUCCUACUCAUCUAAUGCUGCUGUCCUACUUCUCCCCUUCAGAGAAAGUACUGACUCUAGAACUCCCCUUGCAGCAUCAGCAUAAUACGUGAUCAGUGAUCAUGUUUCAUGUUUGGUGCAAAGCUUGUUCUUUGUACAGUUUGUACAAUAUUAUUAAUUCUAUAAACUGAGAUAAAGUAUUUUUAGCGAAGUGGUCAGUAUCUGUGACUCCAUAGCAGAUUUCUCCCAGGAGUUUUUGACCGUGCAUAUUUCAUCUCCCUACUCUCCGUUCUCCAUCACAGGAGGGCCCAAGAGUGGGCGGACACUCCAAAAGCCUUUUCAUGGUUCAAAGUCCCUUUCAUUUAACCGCUGAGCUUUUCUGAGAGCCUCAUGGUGUCUUAUCAAGCACAGUUCUAACACUGUGUCUCACCACAGGACUAGACCUUGGGAACUUAAUUCAUACAACCCAACGAGUGUUACUCUUUACAACUUUUGUCAUAGUAAUAUAAUUACAUAGUUACAUAAUAUAGUUCUAUACAGACAUAUACCUGUAAAUAGUUGUUGUUUGUUGCAAUGUUAUCUUAUGGUCCUAAACACAACCCAAUAUCAAUUGUCUGAGCUCAGUGUUUCCUAGCAUCAGGUAUGAAUAGCACUCUGUGUGUUGAUCUGGUGUACCUACAGUAACACACACCCCUGGGAGUUGGUUGUGAAAGUCUCCAUCGAUUUGCAAAGUGUUGCUUAUCACAUUUAUUAAUGUCUCUGCAUACAGCCUAGAUACAGUGUGACAGAAACAGACAGGACCAUCUCUGAUAAAACAAAGCCCAGAGCUCCAUUGUGUUUGGCUCAAACAGCUCAGCUCUGUCCAAAUCAAGAGGCCAGCGGGGAAUUAUUGGAUUCGGCACGGAGCGGCCGACAGGCCUGAAAUCACUGAGAGGGCUUGAUGGAUAUGAUAUGCUGCUCACUGGCCCCCUUGACCUGUCUGCACAGUAUUCUUAGGAGAGAUCUAUAGGGACGUGUAUUGGCUCGCAUGAAACCUAGCAAACCCAGCAAAGUGAGAUCAUAUUAUUCAGCAUCUCUCCGUCCGUGUCUCCCUCGGGAGAUGUAGUCAUCAUAUCAGAGCCCUUUUUAGCACUUCCUCUUUCUCUGUCAUGCCCCUCUGUGUGUCCGGUCGGUGUGCGUUGCGCUUGUGGAUGUGGGUCCUGCUCCUUGCUAGGGGGCCAGUUCACUGGGCUGUAUCGGUAAUCCAUAAGGGCGCUCGGCAACUCUCUACUCGCCCCGCCUCGCCCCACCGCACACCCUUCUGUCAAUCACAAAGAUACUCAUCUAUCAAACCCCCUUGUCGCCAGCAGUGACACCCCAUUCUUCAUGGUGGAUUGGGAUUGAUCAGGGGACCUGGAGGAGGAGGAGGCCCAAGAGGUCACAGCCAGCAGCCAGAAGCCAGCGCCCCACAGAGAACACGUCAGCAUCCCAUGAUGACAUCACCUCAUUACUGUAGGGUCAAGCAGGGCCAAUGGGAGAUCAAUGAGAAAUCAUCUGCAUGAGAAACUAGGAAGACCCUCGUUCCUCUCUCUCCAUGGCCUACAAACCCUACCCUCUCCCUCUGCUAGUGUUUUUAGAAGAAUCAUAGUUCAUCCCUGUUGCAGCAGUCUCCCUCUCUCUUCCUUGCUCUCUCUCUCUCUCUCUCCUCUCUCUCUCUCUCUCUCUCUCUCUCAUCUCUCUCUCUCUCUUCCUCUCUCUCUCCUCUCUCUCUCUCUCUCUCUCUCUCUCUCUCCCUCUCUCUCUCUCUCUCUCUCUCUCUCUCUCUCUCGUUCUGCUGUUUGUUAUGUGAGCCCUGCUUAAUGUUCUCAGACUGCCACCUCGGCAGUGUUGCACAGCUUUCUGGGAGGGGAAAAUCAAAUGCUAACAGAAAUCUGUUGCCAGAGGGGGCAUGGCUGGAGGCUGCGUUUCAGUAAAACAAACACCAUGGAGACUAGCAUGCCAUACAGAGCUGCCAGGGCCAGGCUAGCGCUAAGAGGAGGAUAUGGGAGAAGUCGAGAUGAGUCUGGAGUUAGAAAACCCACUCAUCUUUAUCUGCUGCUGGCCAACUCCUUAUGCUUUCUUCCUGUUUGCCCUCAAGACAGGUUUCUCUGCAGCUCUCUGACUCCCAACCCCAGGGUUAGAUUGUGGUUUUGGAGCAGAGACAGCUGUAAGCUCUGCCUCUCUCUCUCUCUCCCAGAGAUCCAGCCUUGUCUUUCCCCCAAGGGAUGGAUGGUAACACAAAUAAUCAGCCAAACACUCUCCCCUUUGGUGAACCCCUGACUCUCCUCCUGACUCUCAUUCCCACCUUAAUAAACGGCUGUGUGUCUCCCAGGGCCGUGUCUCACCUCUGUCUGACUCCCAGCACCAGGGGAGAGAGGGGGAUGAGGGAAAGAGGGGGAACAGGGGAAGAGGGGGAGAGAGGGGGAGAGGAGGAAAAAAGGGGGAGAUGGGGAGAGAGGGAGAGAGAGGGGGAGAGAGCAUUGAGAGCAGCUAACCUAACCUGGAGCCCCAGCUCACACAAGCCUCUCUCUCUCUCUAUUUUUCUUUCUCUCACUCUGUCAUUUCAAAGGAAAUAAAGGAGUGAAAAAAGAAAAGAGAGAAACCACUUCAAAGGAAUCCCCUUGGUAAACCAUUGUUCCAUUGUAUUCCGCAAGAGUGCAAUCUGAUACGCACUUUCAACUCUGUUUUGACACCUGUCAGGACUGGUAAUGAAAUAGUUACUAUUUUUUCUUCACCACUUUUUGUUCAUCAAUGGAUUGUCUCUCUCUCUCUUGCCCUCAACUUGUGUUCAUCAUCAGUUCCCCUCUGAACGUGGCGGGUCUUCGUCUCCUGGCUCUGGCUGAUGGUUGAUGAUUGGAUUUGGCUGGGCUGGGUGCUGAGAGCUGCAGGAUGUGGUUCUGGCUUGGCCCGCAGUGCUGAUCCAGCACUCUUUGUGUCUACGACCCUCCAAUCCAUGCCAAUGCACCAGGCCUCUGGGGUUUCUGCUGCAGGCGGGCGGGCCGUGUGUUGGCACAGGUGGGACCAGUGUGUAGUCCAGACUGAGGACAAUCUGUCUGUCUUUGUCUCUGCACUGUCUGACCAGAGACACGUGUUGUACAUACCAUAGAAGGAGGCUGUGGUCUGUCAGACCCAGAUAGUGAGCGAUAGCAGCGUUACACCACUGGUUGGGUGGGAGGACUGUUUGACUUCUUUGUCCUAGAGACAGACUGAUAAACACAUGAAUGUGUGCACACACACACACACACAUCCACACACACACACACACAGACACACACACACAGACACACAGAUACACACACACACAGUCCCUAUCAGAGGCUGGAGGGAGUUCAUUAAGCGUGUUGUUUACGCUUGUCUGUUCCCCACCUGUGUGCACUGAAUACUAAAGCAAAUGGCUGCCUGGCCACCAGCACAACGUCUCGUUCAGACUCAGCGCAGCCCCCCUGGAAUUGAUAAUCCUCUCUCGCUGCCGCUUUAGAAUUGGGGAUUCAUUCACAAGCCCCAUUAUUCUUGUUUCGCUAUUUGGUUUUGUGCCUAUCGGGAGGAGAAUAGGUAUCACCCAAUUCCAUUACGUCCAAUGAUUUUUUUGGCCUGCUGUCUUUACGAUUCAAAUUGCAAUUUCAAGUCAUUACCUGCACUUAAUUUAACGCUGGUUUAGCAAAGCACAAACUGAUUUACAAAUGAGCCUGCAGACCAGGGAGACGAUGUUCAGCUAAUAAUGAUUAAAGAGACCAAAGUUUCCAUGAAUAUUUUGGGAUUAUUGCCAUCACAGAAUAUUACCGUACUCAACACUGUUUAUUCAAAGUAAUAUGGACCUCAGAGUUCCUUAUCCUCAGUAGUUAAGGAUAGUCUUCAGCUAUUGGCUAAUAGCUCCCUAUUGUCUUGAGGUGAAUCCUAUACAUUACUUCUAGCUUAGCUAGCAAGAGUCUUCCAUUGUCUAAUACAUAGUAAUUGAAGACAAAGACAGAUCUGUCCAGAUUCUUGCAUAAUCAUAUAUUUAUUCAGCGGAGAAGAGGAGUUGGUGGUGGUGAGAGGAGAGUAGGGGAGGGGAGAGGAUAGGAGAAGAGAGGAGAGGAGAAAAGAGGAGAGGAAAGGAGAGCAGGAGAGAAGAGGAGAGGAGCAGAGGAAAGGAGGCGAGAGGAGAGGAGAGGUGAGUAGGGGAGGGGAGAAGGUAGGAGAAGAGAGGAGAAAAGAGGAGAGGAGGAGAGAACGGGAGAAGAGAGGAGGAGAGCUGUGGUGGAACACAGUUUAA